CUGGGAAGAUAUUGAGCAUUGAUCAUUGGUUCCACUUUCUUGCUAGUGGUAUGAUUCUCAUGCAACUAUAAAAUACCAACCUUUUUUUUUUUCUUAUUUUCUUUUUCUUUAUAAAAUAAAAUAUGAACUCUGAUCGACAAACAACGACAGCUGUAGUUGAACAUGCCAUGUCUGAAGACGAUUUAACACAUCCUUGUCUUUAUCGAUUUAAACGAAACAAUAUGCCUUGUCAUUUCAAUUAUCAUCCAAAAUUUACUUCGGAUGUGCCCAGCCACACACCCACAAGCGACAGUUGGGAUCUUUACCCUAGUCUAAUACGUGAAAUUGAAAAUGAAGGAUCUCCUGAACAAGUCGAGAAAUUACAUCAAAUGCAACGCACUGUAUAACAUUUAUUUCUAAUAAACAUAUUAUUUUUUUGA